AAUUGAAUAUAGAACAUUGAUUUUGACACGUGACUGGAUUAGCACAUGAACAUUUAAAAAAAAAUUCAAAGAAAUCACAAAGUGACACGUGACCGUUGCUCUUCAUGAAAUACAAAACCAAAUUUAGAAAACCAAAUUUAGGAUUUAUUUGAUAAAAUGUGACAAAAAUUGGACAAAAACUAUUUUAACCUUGAUUAAUAGUUUGAGGCAUCCGGCCUGUGCUAAUAUUUAAGCAUCAUUUUGUCCGAUUUGAGGAGAUGAGGUAACAAUGGCUGUCUUACCUUGUUGCAGUCGCUGCGCACAAUCGGUGGUUGUCUCUGUUGCCACCAUUCUUGUGCUAUUUCACCAAACUUGCAGUGCCAAGCAUCGCACCUCCUGUCCAUCUUCUUCGUGCGGCGAAAUUCGCGACAUAAGAUAUCCAUUCCGACUGAAAAACGACCCUCGCGGUUGCGGCCUUCCCGGGUACGAAUUUGAGUGCGUGAAUAACAGAACACUGUUUACUCUGUUUUCAGGGAAAUACUUUGUGGAGGAAAUCAAUUACGAUAGGUAUCAAAUCCGGCUGAUUGAUCCGGGCGUUGUGAAGGACACUUCUUGCUCUUUUCCUCGCUAUUUCUUGUGCACACGAAAUUUCAGUGGAUUUGAUUAUGAUCCGCUGGCUAUGUCUGGGGAGAAGUAUGUGUUUGGGGAGGAGUAUAAGUAUAAGCCUGCAAAAGUAGUGUUUCUGAACUGCAGUAAUGGAGUGAGUGAUGAUCCUCGAUAUGUGGAAGUGAAAGCCGACGGUUGUGAUUCCGGGGGCCAUAUCUACGCCGUUCUGGUUGGCGGGGUUACCGCUGAGGGGUUUCCGGCGGUAUUUACAGGGAUGGACGUGAAGGUCGGGUGCAGAUUGAAGGUUGCUACCUUCGCAAACUGGACACAUGACAGGAAGGACUCCUGUGCUGUUAUCCUCAAAUCUCUUGAAGAAGGGUUUUGGUUGACUUGGUUACGACUUGCUUGUUGGGAUCAGUGUGGAAAGGGUAUGUCUUGCGCCUUCAAUCAAACCACACAACAACUUCAAUGCACCGAUUGUGAUAUGUUCCACUUCUAUAUCCGGAAUUGCGGAAAUUUAUCACGAAUUGAAGGAUACCUUACAGGUACGCGCACUAAACCAUAUGUCAUCAUUAACUUCUAUCGAAACUAUUUUCUCCAUCCAUAG